CCCGACCUGGAAAACGAAGCUUCACUCUGAGGAAAAAGGAGUUCUACUCUAGGGAAGCUUUCAUUUCACACGCCACCUGUUUGCUUUCAUUUUUUCUGUUUCUCUUUCCUUCAGACUCCCUGCUCUCAGGAGCGCUGUGUAAAAUAUGUCGUUAAACAUCCCCGGCCCCUCUCAGGCCGGACUCUUCAAGGCGGGAUAUCAAAGCCAUGAUGCCGAAGAUGGCGCCGUCAUUCGCAACAUCGAAGCCUGCCGAGCUAUCUCUCAGACCGUUCAGUCAUCGCUGGGUCCAUAUGGCCGGAAUAAGAUUGUUAUAAAUCAUCUUCAGAAAAUGUUCCUCACAUCAGACGCUGCGACAAUUCUACGGGAAUUGGACGUUGUGCACCCCGCCGCAAAACUGCUUGUCAUGGCCAGUCAACAGCAAGACUCGGAGAUGGGCGACGCCACUAACUUCGUGAUUGUGUUUGCCGGAGAAUUACUAAAGAAGGCGGAGGAGCUAUUGCGAAUGGGCCUCAAGACGAGCGAUAUCGUGCAAGGUUACGAAAAGGCACAGACCUUUGCAUUGAAUGCAUUGGAGGAUCUCGAAGUCGACCGUCUCAAGGAAAUGCGCUCACAAACAGAGCUUGUAAAGGCUCUCCGCACUGUCAUUGCCAGCAAGCAAUCCGGAUCUGAAGAUACUCUUGCCGACCUUGUCGCCGAAGCCGUUCUCGCCGUCCUCCCCAAGAACCCUAUCAACUUCAACGUUGACAACGUUCGCGUGGUCAAGAUCAUGGGUGGUAGCUUGGAACAAUCACGAGUCGUGAAGGGUAUGGUUUUCGGUCGCGAGCCUGAUGGAGAUGUCAAGAAAGCGCGCAAGGCCAAGGUUGGCGUGUUUAGCUGCCCAAUCGACAUUUCUCAGACCGAAACCAAGGGUACAGUGCUUUUGAAAAAUGCCCAGGAAAUGCUCGAUUUCACUAAAGGUGAAGAAGAGCGCUUGGAAGCUGCUAUCAAGGAGUUGUACGAUUCUGGCGUCCGUGUGGUUGUUGCUGGGUCUACCGUGGGCGAGCUGGCUCUUCACUAUCUCAACCGUUUCAACAUUCUCGUUGUCAAGAUCCUCUCUAAAUUCGAACUACGCCGACUUUGCCGUGUUGUGGGCGCUACUCCGCUCGCUCGUCUUGGUGCUCCCAUGCCGGAUGAAAUGGGAAGCGUUGAUGUAGUCGAGACCACAGAGAUUGGAGGUGACCGCGUCACAGUGUUCCGCCAAGAAGACGCCAACACCGUCACUCGUACUGCUACUAUCAUCCUCCGAGGCGCAACGCAGAAUCACCUGGAUGAUAUCGAACGGGCCAUUGACGAUGGCGUCAACGUUGUCAAGGCAGUCACAAAAGACCCUCGUCUGACUCCCGGUGCUGGAGCCACGGAGCUUCAAUUGGCUGAGCGAAUCUCCGCGUUCGCCGACAAAACCCCUGGCCUGUCCCAAUACGCCAUCAAGAAAUACGCAGAGGCCUUCGAGGUUGUCCCUCGCACGCUAGCCGAAUCCGCGGGCCUCGACGCAACCGAGGUUCUGUCCCGUCUGUACACAGCACACCAACGCACACGCAAGUACGAGGAGUCCGAAGACGACGACGAGGGCUCGGAAGAAAACUCGGAAGAGUCGGAGGAUGAAGAGCCGUACUGGACAACAGGCGUUGAUCUAUUCUCGGUCUCCAACACCGGCACAAUCGACGCCGUAGAAGAGGGUAUUCUGGACUUGAUGGCUUCGAAGAGCUGGGCUAUCCGUCUCGCCACCGAGUCCGCUCGUACUGUCUUGAGCGUGGAUCAGAUCAUUGUUGCCCGUCAAGCCGGUGGGCCGAAACCACCUGGUCAGAAUCCUAACUGGGAUGAGGAUUAGAGGGGGAGAAAAGAAGAGAAAAGUGCAUGUUAAAAUUCCUAUAAGAAUAAUAUUCCUUUUUUUGUUCCAAAACGGAUGUGAAUAGAUAAUAUGAUCAAUUGAUGAGAUUAUUUAUGUGAAGUACCAUUACAUAUCAGAGGGAGGAGGAUGGUAUAAAAUCUAUUAAAAAUUGAAAUGAUAGGGCUGGCUAUGGGAAUGCACAAUGCGAUCGGAUCUAAUUACCAGCUAUCUGAUCGGGCAGCAGGGUAGUCCUAGUCCAGCUUUCAAUGUCGUGACAGUACAUAUAUGAACCCAUUUUGGGACUAAUCUUCUAUGCUGACCAGCACACACCUUGUGGGGGGUCUUUGAAGUGCAAUUAUGUAUGCUUUCUAUCCCUUGGAAUCAGGUAGAAGGGAUUCAGGUGGUUUCCAGCCAUCACUACAUGUGCUUCUAGACGCCAAUUUUUAAUACGCGCGG